UGUUUGAACAAUAAUUAGCUUUAUAUAUAGUAUAAAAUGUUCAUCGAACGCAUCUUGUUGCCUUUUUUGUGCAAACCAUAGCCCAACUAACAAUUUCGCUGCUAUCUAGUGACUUUGUUUUCACGUUGGAUUUGUGAUGCGACACGCGCAAAUCCCAUGCAAUAGUGCGAUCGAGUUUCACCAUCCGCAAGUGUGUGCGUGGAAAAUUGUUACAUCCUCCGUUUUUCUUCAUUCAUCGCCACCACCCCUUCAAAAAAAACACCAAGAGAAGUCGUAGAUUUGCCUUCGAUUGUUCUUUAAUGCAGUAAGGUUUUCAUCGCCAACAUUUGCGUUGCGGUCGGGUCCGUGAAGUAAAGAAGGGAGAGAGAAAGUAAGCGAAGCAAACGAAAAAAAAACCAGCUAAUGAAAAAGUGAAAGGAAAACAGCUGAAAAUUGGUACAAAAUCGUGGAUCGCCCGCACAACGGCAUCAAGCGAGCGAAACACUUUUGUAGUGCCUUCUGUGUGGAUGAGGAAAGGGAACAGUUACACAAUGAUUCUACGACAAUUACGGUCGAUUGUCGUGCAGCUAGGAGGAACGGCGGGGAGCUUUCGGUGUCAGCGUCACUUUUACUCCACCAGGAGUUCCACGUUAGUGGCCAGCGCGGCACAGGCGAAUCGUACAGAAGAAGAGAAGGCCCGGCUUCGUCUUGCACAGAUCAAUGAGGAGGUACAAAAGCUGCUGGCACUUAAAGAACAGCUGAAGCAAUGCACCGUGGAGGAUGGUGGUGAGUCGCCAGCACCGAAACCAUCGGGUGGAAAUGAAUCGGUUCCCGGCAACCGGAACCUAUCGUUAAAAACAGCGAAGGGUACCCGUGACUACGGUCCGGAGGCAAUGGCACUCAGGCAGCGGGUACUCGAUCAGGUUAUACGCGUGUUCCGCAAACAUGGCGCGGAAACGAUCGAUACGCCCGUGUUCGAGCUGAAGGAGGUGCUGACGGGCAAGUACGGUGAAGAUUCGAAGCUAAUCUACGACCUGAAGGAUCAGGGCGGCGAGAUACUGGCGCUGCGGUAUGAUCUAACCGUCCCGUUUGCCCGGUACGUCGGUAUGGGCAACGUGUUUAACAUCAAGCGCUACCACAUCGCGAAGGUAUACCGGCGAGACAAUCCGCAAAUCACGCGCGGCCGUUACCGGGAGUUUUAUCAGUGCGAUUUCGACAUUGCCGGCACGUACGACCCGAUGCUGCCGGAUGCUGAGUGCGUGAAGGUGGUAUGCGAGAUACUGUCCGAUGUGGGCGUUGGGGAGUUUGUGGUGAAGCUAAACCAUCGGAAGUUGCUCGACGGUAUGUUUGAGGCGUGCGGUGUACCGGCAGAUAAGUUCCGCACGGCUUGCUCUUCCGUCGACAAGCUGGACAAAACACCCUGGGAAGAGGUGAAGCGUGAGAUGAUCGAGGAGAAGGGCCUGACGGAGGAGACGGUGGAUCGGAUCGGCGAGUACGUCACGUUGCAUGGUGGUCCGGAGCUGGUGGACCGGCUGGCGGAAGAUGAAAAGUUGAAGAAGAUUCCAACCGCAAUGGAAGGGCUCGAGGAUAUGCGGCUGUUGCUGCAGUACUGUGCGAUCUUCCAGGUGGCGAACAGGGUUUCGUUUGAUCUUAGUCUGGCACGUGGGCUCGACUACUAUACCGGCGUGAUAUACGAGGCAGUGCUGCUCGGUGGCGGUAGCGACGAUGAGGAGAUAACGGUCGGUUCGGUCGCCGGUGGCGGACGGUACGACAAUCUGGUGGGUAUGUUUAACCCGAAAAGGAAGCAGGUCCCAUGUGUCGGUGUGUCCAUCGGUGUGGAGCGUCUGUUUUCCAUCAUUGAAUCACGGGCCGCAGGCAAAGCACGCACCAACGAGACGGAAGUGUACGUUAUAUCUGCCCACAAAGGACUGCACUUGAAGCGGCUUGAAAUUCUUAACCAACUAUGGGCUGCGGGUAUUAAGGCGGAACAUUCGUACAAGCUGAACCCGAAGCUGCUGGCCCAACUGCAACACUGCGAGGAAUAUCAGAUUCCGUACGCGAUCGUACUCGGUGACGGGGAACUGUCCCGCGGUGUAGUAAAGCUACGAGAAAUAGCCACUCGCAAGGAGGAGGAAAUUUCUCUGGAUAAGUUCACCGACGAAAUAUUCAAACGGCUCUCCGCAUCCUAAACACAUACGUCCCGCUGCGUUUCACCUCCCAUCAACCGUUUGCAUUGUUGUGCAUUUUCGUUCGAUCAGCAAUCAACUAAACCUAAUACAAGCACGUUAGGCCUCAUACCAUUGUGUAAGACAGCAAGUAAAAAUUGUUCUGUAAUAGACAUUUAUUUGUAUUUCUCAACUCAUCGAUAAGUGAAGUGAUUCAAAUGUGUGUUACUGGCUGUCAACUCUUCUAAGCAUAAUAAGACAGGAAAAUAAAUUAGUUAUCGACGCGUAUUACACCGACGCGUCGUAUGGUCGCUUACAACGAGGA